CCGGCACUGUCAUCAUAUCCGGCUAGCUUCCAUCUUUGAAAGGUUCUUCACUCUAGGAAAAUGGCAUUUUCACUCAUUGAGUUGAUCAAGAAUUUUUGGGUAAAAUUGGACAACUUGAUAACAAAACCGAUUCAACCUAACGUGCACAAACUUAUUAUUGCCAUUCUCUUCUCGUCCUUUAUGGUAAUAGGACUGGUUAUGUGGCAAAACAACCGUACGCAGGAAGAGAAUCUUAGAUUGGUCUUUGCUGGUAUCGCGCCUGGUUUGUUGCUUCAGGUGAUUAAUUUCAACGAAUAUAUUCCAGAGAUUAGAGAAUGGAGGUGUCUGAGGUUAAAAGGACCUAUAAUUGAAACAAUGAAUGCUAUUUCCGGAUGGUUCAUUGCAUUUGGCCUAUCAAAAGUGUUCCUUGAUGCUGAAUCCAUGCUGAAUUUUGUAUUUGCUGGACUGUUUUUUCUCAUGACACUCUCAAUCUGGGACUUACUAGGACCUGAGAUUGAUCUUGGUCUAGUAAGCGGGCUGUGCAGUUUCCUUUCUAUUAAAGCUCCAAUAUUAGCAACUCGAUAUGAAAGGAUCCCUGUUGGAAUUGUUGCUAUCUCUCUACUAUAUGUCCGUUUUCGUAGAGCUGAGGCAGGAAAGGAUGAUCAGAGUGCAGAGCAAUCAGGACAGGGACAAAGGGAUAUAUGAGGCGAAACACCUUUUUCUCCCCACACCCAACAGGACAUAGAUGUAGCUUCCACCGUGGCUUCUGCCACUUUAGGUAUCAUCAUAUAGGGCUUCUGAAUAAGAAUUGAGGAAUGAGAAAACAGGGGAAAGUUUUAUAUUCCAGCUCUUCUGCACAUGUGUGUGUAAGAGCAUGUUUGGUUUUGAUUUGUGAGAGUUUCUGUUUUUUGAGUACUGUUAUGAAUAAUAAAUUUAAAUUUUUCUU